AUGUCUCUCCGCAGAUCUAGCAGAAUAUCUUCGGCUACUGCAUCUCCUCUCCCAGAAGUAUCGAAUGCUGCUGCCGAUAUUCAGAGGAAACGGGCUGCAUCAUCGCUAGUUGGUGAAGUAAAGGCCAAGAAGCCCAACCCGAACCCAACCUCAAAGUCCAAGGCGAAGUCGGUGGAUAUCCAAAACAACACGGAGAAUGCAGACCCCGAUUUCAAAGUCCCAGAAAUCCCGGUGACGCCGUUGAAAAGUCGUAGAAAAGCAUUAGCUUUUGUUAACGAAAAGCCACCACCGCUGACUCCGACACCAAGUCUGGUGAAUGUCAUUCGAGCCGCAUAUAGCUCCGGUGAUAUUGACGAUACUAGCCCGCCGCCAGACAGACCCGUCGAGCCGCACGUUACGAAUGCCACACUGGUGACACCCGGUGGUACACAGUCGGUAGCGUACACCAAUACAUUGCCCGACUCUUCGCCUUCCAAAACUGGACUCCCAAGACCUACAGCCACCACAAAUACGCUCCUGGACAAAGCAUGUGCUCAUCUGAUCAGCGUCGAUUCACGCAUGAAACCAAUUAUUGAGAAGCAUUACUGUCACAUUUUCUCGCCCGUUGGCCUUGCCGAGCAUAUCGACCCUUUCCGAUCAUUGUCUAGUGGUAUCAUGGGCCAGCAGGUUUCCGGGGCGGCUGCAAAGUCAAUCAAAAACAAGUUCAUCGCCUUGUUUAAUGAAGGCAUCGAAUCUGAGAACGCAAAGUUUCCGACUCCAGCACAGGUCGCAGCUACUGAUAUACCACGCUUACGGCUGGCCGGGCUGUCACAGCGGAAGGCCGAGUAUAUACAAGGCCUUGCGCAAAAGCUCACGACGGGAGAACUCACCGCAGACAUGCUGAUGAAAAGCACAGACGACGAGGUAAUGGAAAAGCUCAUUGCGGUAAGAGGGUUGGGGAAAUGGAGCGUGGAGAUGUUUGCAUGUUUUGGUUUAAAAAGAAUGGACAUCCUUUCGACGGGUGACCUCGGAGUUCAGCGAGGCAUGGCGGCUUUCUAUGGCAAAGACGUCAAGAAGCUCAAAGCCAAGGGAGGAACUAAGUGGAAAUACAUGUCGGAACAAGAUAUGCUGGAUAAAUCCGCCCCGUUUGCGCCGUAUCGAAGUCUGUUCAUGUGGUACAUGUGGCGAGUAGAGGAUGUUGACAUCGAGGUCCUGAGCACAAUGUAA